AUGAUUAGAACCACUUUUGCCAGAAACACCGUCCGCAAGGCAUGGGCGCCAGCUAUGGUGAGAUUGUACUCCAACUUGCCAAUGUCGGUCACUGUGACUUUGCCUAAUGGUAACACAUACGAACAACCUACCGGUUUGUUCAUCAACAACAAGUUUGUGUUGCCUCAGCAAAAGAAGACCUUUGAGGUGAUCUCCCCAUCCACUGAGGAGGAAAUCACCCACGUGUACGAGGCCAGAGAGGAGGAUGUCGACACUGCCGUCCAAGCUGCGAAAGCUGCUUUUGAAGGUGGCUGGUCUAACGCCGACCCAUCUGUCAGAGCCGCUGCUUUGAACAAGUUGGCUGACUUGCUCGAGGAGAAUGCCGAGACCUUGGCUAACAUUGAAGCCAUGGACAACGGUAAGUCUUUGCAAAAUGCCAGAGGCGAUGUGGCUCUUUCUAUUGGCUGCUUCAGAUCUACUGCUGGCUGGGCCGACAAGAUCAUGGGCAGCAUUGUUGAGACUGGUGACUCGCACUUCAACUACACCAGAAGAGAGCCUUUGGGUGUCUGUGGUCAAAUCAUCCCAUGGAACUUCCCAUUGUUGAUGUUCACCUGGAAGGUUGCACCUGCUAUCGCCACCAACAACACCAUUGUGUUGAAAACUUCUGAAACUACCCCAUUGUCUGCUUUGUUUGUUUGUAAAUUGAUCCAAGAGAACAAUGUUCUCCCACCUGGAGUGUUGAACGUUGUUAACGGUUUUGGUAAGAUCACUGGUAACGCCAUCACUGACCACCCUGUUAUCAAGAAGGUUGCUUUCACUGGUUCUACUGCUACUGGUAAGCACAUUAUGGCCAAGUGUGCAAACACUUUGAAGAAGGUUACUUUGGAAUUGGGUGGUAAGUCUCCACACAUUAUCUUCAAUGAUGCUGACGUUGAUGUUGCUAUCAAGAACGUGAUUACUGGUAUCUUCUACAACUCGGGUGAAGUGUGCUGUGCUGGUUCUCGUUUGUACAUUCAAGAGGGCAUUUACGAGGAAUUCGUUGCUAAGUUUGUCGAAGCUGCUAAGGCUGUCAAGGUUGGUGACCCAUUCAACGAAGAGACUUUGCAAGGUGCUCAAAACUCUUGGAACCAAUUGUCUAAGAUUUUGGGCUUCAUUGAGACCGGUAAGAAGGAAGGUGCUACUUUGUUGACCGGUGGUAAGAGAGCUGGUGACAAGGGUUUCUUUGUUGAGCCAACUGUCUUCGGUGAUGUUACUGAGGACAUGACCAUUGUCAAGGAAGAAAUUUUCGGUCCUGUCAUUACUGUCCACAAGUUCAAGACUAUUGACGAGGCUGUCGAGUUGGCCAACAACUCUCAAUACGGUUUGGCUGCUGGUAUUCAAUCUACUAACGUUAACACCUGUAUUGAUGUUGCCAGAAGAAUCAAGGCUGGUACCGUCUGGGUUAACACUUACAACGACUUCCACCCAAUGGUUCCAUUCGGUGGUUUCGGUGCUUCCGGUAUGGGCAGAGAGAUGGGUAAGGAGGUUUUGGACAACUACACCCAAACCAAGGCUGUCAGAAUGGCUGUUCACAAGUAA